ACAAUAUGUGAGCAUUCGACAUAAAUACAGAGACGUUGGAGACACCGUUUAUCAGUUGACAGUUCUCGUGAUAAUUGUUCACGUUCAUCUUAAGUUUACUAGCACCAACACGCAAUACAAACACAUUACCAUGGCUGUCAAGUUGAUCGUUUUCGCUACAUGCUUGUCAUCCGCCCUAGCCCAAUACGUCGUACCGGCUUACCCAGCGGCACCCGCCGCCUACCACUUGUCACCCUCUUACCACAUGGCGCCCGCUUACCAGGUGGCAACCGUUUAUGCCGCAGCACCCGCUUACCAAGUGGCACCCGCAAAGGCUUACGUACCGGUGGAACCCACCAACGCGCCAACACCGUACAGCUUCGUGUACAGCGUGAAUGACCCGACCACUUACGACGUCAAGAGCCAAGCAGAGUCUAGCGAUGGCAACGGUAACGUAAAAGGCUUCUACAGCCUUUUGGACGCAGACGGUUCCACGCGUACCGUCGAGUACACCGCCGACGACUACAGCGGGUUCAAUGCCGUCGUCAAGAAGGAAGGCGGAUACGCUUCCGCCGGUUACAAACCUGCAGCAGCAGCCCCAUACAAGCCGUUCUGAGAGUGAGAGUGAGAGCCAAUCGCCACACGACCUUCGUCCUCGACUAAUCCGAGUGCCACGCGCGCGCGCGUUUCCGGCCGCGUCGCUGCUGACACAUAUUCAGUCAUUAUAUUAUAUAUUAUAUAUUUUAAUAGUUCAUCGAAUAUUAUUAUACACGUCCUGCAGCUAUAUUGCCAUUAUAGUAUAUCAUAAAACUGCUGUCCACAUACCUACUCAUGUACGCAUGUGGCUAUAGGUCAUUAGAGCGGUUCGUACACUUUAAGAUUAUUACUAUUAGUUACCUUGUAAAUAAUUAUAAGCUAUGAUUUAUCUGAAACAAAUUUGUAGUUGAUGUUUUUUGUAUGUUAUUCGUUUAUCCACUGCGAUUCACGGCGUGAUAUAUAUUAUUAUUAUUAUUUUUUUUUUUAAACUAUUGACACAAUAUAGUAAUAUAUUAUGACAGAAAGUACGAAUAUA